AUGUGGCUAUGGCGCUUCCUUUUGAGGGCUUUUGCAGGCUGUCUGCUUUUAAAGGUGUGCCUCUGUUCGAAAACCGAUUCUGCCAGUGGCCCCGUGCUGGGCUCACUAGGUGGAACACUAGAUGAAUCGCUGGAAGAAUCCUUUAGUUGUCUUCGGCUAGAUUAUAGUGAUUUUGAUGAUGAAGCGGACUUCAGGAAUGAUGUCCUGACCGAGAUCAGGAACCAGUUUGAUUCUGCAAAGGCAAAAUACGCAGGAGACGAUAAUCUGAUGGCUACCUUUGGCAUGCUGCUGAAUGUAAAGCUACGUCAGCUACAUCUCGAAAGCAACAGCAUGGAAAAAAUCUCUCAAGACUUAAUACGAAUUUCUAGGGGCUUGACUCUUUUGUUGGAAGCGGAUAAAAAUACGACUGAAUUCUGCACUAUUCCGGUGACAUUGCCGGUUACGGUUCCUGCUAAUAUGAGCUCAGAGUCUGAGCUCGUUUCAUUGGCAUCACAAGAAAUGGAAAGGAUGAAUAUUGAUCAAACGGUGUCAGCUUUCCGCAAAACUUUUGACCCUGACAAGAAGAGGAUUUUGAGAACCGGUUCAUUUGUGUUCCUGAUGUUUAGCACCACUGCAGAUGUUUGUGUUUUGACAGGAUGGGGUCCCUGUAUUGUUCUCUACGUUGUGGGGUCUGGAGGGCUCUUGGUAUGGUUUGCACAAAUACUGAGAGAAACGUUCGGUUCCCAAACUAUACAAUUUCUUCAGACAAUAGACAACUAG